GGCCGGGAGAGGAGCGGGAGGCGGGGAAGAGCCGGAGCGGAGAGCGGACACCGAGGAGGUUAUGACCGCGUCUCCUCACCUGGAGCCCGGGCUGCUGCUGCUGCUGCUGGCCUGCUGCCUCUCACCGAGGACCGGAGCGACGGUGCCAGCAGCCCCGGUCAACGUGUCGGUGACCCAGCUGAGGGCACAUUCAGCCAUGGUGACCUGGAACGUCCCUCAGGGAGACACCGUCAUCGGAUACGCCAUCUCCCAGCAGAGGCAGGACGGCCUGAUGCAGCGCUCCAUCCGGGAGGUGAACACGUCCAGCCGCUGGUGUGUGCUGUGGGACCUGGACGAGGACACACACUACAGCGUCCAGGUGCAGUCUGUCGGUCCACACGGAGACAGCCAACCCAGCCGAGCCGUCCACUUCAGGACGCUGGAGAGGAGCGACCACUACCCUGCUGGAGUCCUGGACCACCAUGAACCAGCGAUGGAGGGUCUGGGAAUGAGUCCUCACCUGCAGACCGGAGAGCUGCUCAUCAUCACCACCGUGCUGCUGCUGUGGGCAGCCGUCAUCGCACUCUUCUGCCGGCAGUAUGACAUCAUCAAAGACAACGACUCCAACGGCACCAAGGAGAAAGCCAAGAGGCCGCUGGUGCGAGCCUCGUCGUCCUACUACAACGCCUCAGCCGGCAGCUCGCCCAUCUACCACAACGGAGCCGUUCGCAGCAGCAGGCUGCACAGGGCCUCCUCCUCCAUCAGCAUCAUCAGGGUCUGAGUCUGGAUGUUGGUUCGGAGACUUUGGACGGGGAAGAGCAUCGCUGGGAUUUCCAGAGUCUAAUUUAUUGUAAAAUAUGGACAAAGGAAGCAGCACUGGAUGCAGAUCAGAUUCAAAGGCAGCGCUGCGGAGUCAGUGGUGGACUGCUGCCCUCUAGUGGCCGGAGAUCUCCUGCUUCCUCCCAGGUCACAGACAGAUUGUGAAUAUUUGCCAGCAUGAUUGCAGAGUCCUGUCUGAAGCUCUUUUGAGGUGUUCCACUGAUUUUCAUUGUCUAGAAUCACAUGUUUGAAUUCCUUUUUGAUGACUAGUCUGUGAUUAGUUCAGCUCAGUAGUUCGAUGUACAGCACUAACAUCAGAGAAGUGUUCCACGUAGCUUCAGCAUUAACUCAGAGCGUCAUUCAUGAACUUUAAGUGCAACUCAGACCAAUAUCUGAAUGUAUGAGAUGACGAAGGUGGGGGUUUACAUUGUAAGAAUUUCAUAAAUUGGUUUAAUUAAAUCAACUCAUAGUUUUACCAUUAA